AUGUUGCCGUUCGAUGUAGGUCUCUUGUCGACAAUCCUAUGCUGGGCGGUCGCUACUACAACGGCGGCGCACCUCGCCCGUGACGACGGCUCCCUGUCUCAGAAACCGCAGCAACCAGAUUUCUCGGGCUUCGAUCUGCUCGACAUCCCCGCCCCGCCGUACAAUUUGACGCCGUUCCCGCUUCCGAGCAAGUGCGCCAAUUUCUCCGCUCCGGCUCCGGCGGGAGACACGGAUGCCAUCGAGUGCCCUUCGUCUAUGCUCGGCUAUGCCGUGUUCUACGACGACUGCGAGAGCGCUUGGACGAUCUGUCACUGUAUAACUGCGAAUAUCACGAUCAUCGAGGCUGCAGAUCACCUUGCUCGGAUUCCUGUCGGACUCCGUCGGAACAUCGAUACGGUCAUGAUCCUUCCUGCUCCGUUUGAGACUUCCACCUCACAAAAGUCAUGGGUUCAUGAGUCCACGCAUGCUUCCGAUAAUGGGCAUGCUGAAUCUCAGGCAUGGGCUGAGGCAGUCGGCAACGACUCGUGUGUACCAGACAUAUACUCGCAGACGAACCUCAUCGAGGACUUCGCGCAGACGAGCGUGCUCGAGGCGUACCGCGUCUUCCACGGCGAACUUCCACCUGGGUUCAGCACCGAUUGCAUGUCUCAUCAGUUCGCGUACAUGGACAGCCUAUCAUUGUACAACAAGACGCAUCUCUUCGGCGACACUUGCGCCAUCGUUGAUGACUGGACCCCAAGCGCAGUACACAUCAAUGGUCCGCCUUUCCCUACCAAUGAUGCUGCCGUCAUCUCAGGCUCGUAUACGGACUACACCGAGAUCCCGAAUCCGACGGCCGCGGUAUGGGUCGAUGGCGUGCCUCCCAACCAAGGGGAUGUGAUAAUCACGGCGUCCGCGGUCGUACACACCCCUUUUGCGUUUGCACCUAGUGCGUCGGAUGCCGGAAAGCUCGAAGCUACAAAGCCACCCCAAUCGGCGGCAUUUACCGGCUUCGACCUACUCGACAUUCCAGCGCCACCAUACAGACUGAGCCAGCUGAGCGAUCUACCCAACGAAUGCGCCAACUUGACGGGAUCGGGCGCUUCGUGCCCUUCGGCCAUGAUUGGAUACAGCGCCGGAUACGACGACUGUGCGUCUCCGUGGACGGUCUGUCAUUGCAUCACCUCCAACAUCACCAUCAUCGAAGCGGUGGAGCACCUUGCGAGGAUUCCGGUCGGACUCCGACGGAACAUAGGCACGGUCAUGGUGUUUCCCGGGCCAAUGCACACCGGAACCUCCUUCACUGUCGGACGUGACAUGCAUUUCUUCGGAGUGUGUUCACAGAGGGCCUGGAUACAUAAUUCGGUGUUGGUCUCUGACAAUGACCACUCCACAUCGCAAGGCUGGCUCGACGCUGUAGACGCAGACUCCUGUGUCCCAGACACUCCGUCGCAGACGAACUCGACCGAGGACUUUGCCCAAACCGGCGUACUCGAAGUCUACCGCCUACUCCACGGCGAUCUCCCACUCGGCUUCAGCGCGGACUGUAUGGCCAACCAGCUCGCCUAUGUCGGCAACCUAUCCCUUUUCAACAAGACGACGCUGUUCGGCGGUACCUGUGGCAUCGUAGACGACUGGACCCCCAGCGCCCCGCAUACUGUUGGACCUGCGUUUCGUGUCAGCGGGGACACCGUCUUAUCCGGGUCGUACACGGACUACACUGGCAUCGCAGAUCCUACCGUGUGGGUUGAUGGCGCGUCUCCUACCGAGGACCCGGGGACAGCGCCGUUCACCUCUAGGGCGAGUGCAACGGAACCUGCUCCAGCCCCGAGCGCCACGACCAAAACAUCGGGCGGGUUUGGCACGAAUCGACCCGCUUCUGCUUAUACCUUUGCUGGCACGAUUGCCGUGCUGCCGCUCAUGAUCAUGUCUGUUCUGUAACGUGCACUAAUGACAACACGAGAAGCACAUGCUGCACCGGCUUUCGGACGGCGACUUCCUGCGUUCCGUAAUGCUAAUCAUAAAUAUGGAUCUCAAGGCGGCGGACACUCUGGACUCGUGUUGCGCGCAUAAGUGACCUGUUGCCUGGCAUUGUGUUUCUCGGAUCUUCUAGCUGCC